AUGGCGUUACGGACGGCACGUCUUCGAACUAUGUUCUGCGCGACAUUGGUUUUUAUUUGCGCGCAAGCGCUGUUCGUUCGCGGCUGGGAAGAGGAGAUGCCGAGCCCGCCGCCGAGUCCGCCGCCGAGUCCGCCACCGAGCCCGCCGCCCUUAAACAAGUUUGGUAAGAAGAUACCGGUGCCGCAACAAGAGUUUUUCGAUCUUAUCUGCCAAUGUUUGAGAGAAGAGCCCGUGAAAGGUAAUUGCCUCGAAGUUGGCUACACCGAGCGAAAUUCUGAUGGCGACAUUUACGGCGUUCUUUCGCAUUGGGAUACGUCUGAGAUAUCGGAUAUGUCAUAUGCGUUUUCAGGAUUGCGUUUAACGACUAUUUCUUCGCUUUCUUCGCUUUGUACUCCAAUGCUUCCAAUGGAAGUUUUAGAACAAUUCAAUCCGGAUUUGAGCUUGUGGAACACGUCGCAGGUUUUGAAUUUCGAAGAUACUUUCGCUGAUCAAUUUGCGUUUUUGGGAACUGGUUUGAAAUUCUGGUCAGUGUCUCGAGCUCAAAAAUUUCUGUUUAUGUUCAACGGUUGCGCUAAUUUUAUCGAACCGAUUUCAUUUUGGAACGUGGAGAAUGCUGAAAAUAUGGGUGGAAUGUUUCGUCGAUGUUCCAAAUUUAACGCGGAUAUUUCAAAAUGGGACGUUCACAACGUCGUAGGUUUCGAAAGCAUGUUCUUCGAUGCAAUUAAGUUCAACAAACCGAUUGGUGAUUGGAACGUGUCGAGCGUGACCGUUAUGCGAAAUAUGUUUUUAGGCGCCCUAUCAUUCAAUCAAGACAUUUCAAAAUGGGACGUUCACAACGUCUUAGAUUUCGAAAACAUGUUCUUCGAUGCAAUUAAGUUUGCCGGUGACGUGAGCAAAUGGGAUCUUUCGUCUUCCUACAUCCCAUUUACGAACAUGUUUUCGGGAGCUCUCGCGUUUAACAACAAGUGGGUAUGCGAGACAUCGACGAGUGGCCCGCCGGAUACGUGCGAAUUGAAAAAGCCGUACUUUUUCAAUGCUCUCGGUAAUAGAGUUUUUUCAAACAAUUUCGCCGAACUUCAAGGUGCAGUUUGUAAUUGCCUCGGCGAAGAACCAAUUCACGGUAUCUGCACCGAAUUUGCUCGUGAGAGCGAGUACGGCGUCCUUCCGCAAUGGGACGUUUCGCUCGUCCAAGAUUUUGAAGAACUCUUUGAUGCAAGCGUUCUUUUGCCCCGCUGCGGCGGAACAGUCACAGAACUGUCACUAUCGCUCUUCGAUGCCGAUUUGAGCUAUUGGAAUAUGAAAAAUGCAACAGAUACUGCGUAUAUGUUCCGUUUCUUGCCCAAGUUCAAAGGCAAAGGUCUCAAAUACUGGGACGUCUCCAGCGUGACGAGAAUGGACAGAAUGUUCGACGCGAAUUUUGAAUUCAAGGAAGCCAUCGGGUAUUGGGAUACUAGUCACGUGACAAAUAUGGAGAAAAUGUUUCGUGACGCGCACUCCUUCAACCAAGAUAUUUCUAAAUGGGACACGUCGUCGGUCAGAAUUAUGUUUCGCAUGUUUUUGAACGCCAGGGAGUUCAAAGGAACCGGUAUUUCUAAAUGGGACGUGGAGGAAGUCGUGAACAUGCGAGAAAUGUUUUUGAACGCAACUCACUUCAAUGACGACAUCGGCAGCACGUGGUUGGGAUCGGCGGCGAUUUCCGAACAAAACGACAUCUUUCUCGGCGCGGACGCUUUCAACAAAGUCUACGAGUGUAACACCGACGUCGACGGUCCGGUCUCGUCGUGCGCGAAACAAAGAGCUCCUUCGCCGUGGCGUUGCGAUUAA